GGUUGCGGGCAAGGUAAUUGGUUUUUCCCCUUAUCCAUUUCAUGUCGAUCCUCAUUCGAUGCUGUAAAGAUCUGGUAAAUAAAUAAUAAGUCAAUUGUCAUAAAGAGAUCGUAGGUAUAUUGUUAUCCAGGUCAGCCAUGGGCCGAAAUGCAGCCUCUCGAGCCCGCAAGAGGCACCAGAUGCACAUGGAGUCUAAGUCGCUGACUGGUGCAGGUGGUGUGUCGACAUUACCUAAUGGUCAGACCAGUGCCACCGAUUCUGAGGUCAUUGUGGAGCCGCAGCCUGAACUGUCCAUGGAUAAACAAGCUGAACCUCCAUUUCAUGAACCUCUGCAUAACCUGCCAGAUGAUGCUGACUCACUGGCCAUGCUGUUACGUGAGGCCAACGCUGCGGCUUCCACCGGCCCCAGUCGGCUGUCGGACCCGCGCCGCGCUCUGUCGCUGAUGCGCCACUGCGCGCCGCGUCUGCCGGCCGCCCAGCUGGCCGAUCGGCUGGCCGGCUGGUGCCAGUUCCUCGGGGGCCUGCUGCGCGCGCCGCGCCAGCAGUGGUGCCGGGACGCCGCCUGUCGCACCGCCGCCUGUCUGCUGGCGGAGGAGACCCGGCUGGAAGAAGCGCACCGGCUGCUCGCCGGCGGAGCGCUCGCCCAAAUCGUCACUCCGCUGCUGGAAUCUCCCGACCAGGCGACACUCGCCUCGCUGCACUGUCUGCGCGUGGUGCUGCUGCACUUUGGGCGCGGCUGCGGCGCGCAGCGCAGCCAGCUCACGCAGUACCUGCUGCAGCUGUUUGAUGGCGAGAAACCGGCCGUCGCCUGGGCCGCCUGCCGCUGCGUGGCGCUCCUGCCUCACACGGGCCCGUCUGGUGGCGGCGGCGCGGCCUACGCGGCUGCCUGGGCCGGUCAGAUGCGGGGACUGCUGCGGGCGGCACACGCGCACCUGGACCGCCUGCUGGACGGCGUGGUGGAGGUACGCGCCUACGAGGUGCCCGAGUGCGGCGAGCACGAGCUGGAGCUGCCGGCGGUGUCGGCUGAUGGCGGCGCGGACCCGAUCCGGCUGCGGUACCGGCUGGCGCGCCGGGUGGUCGCCGUCUGCCGCGUGGCGGCGCUGAUGCUCUGCUCUGCCAGCAAACAGCCGGUGACGGUGCCGGCCACGGCGCUGCUGGAGCUGGCGCAGCGCUGCGUGUCGGCCGGAGCGGCUCCCGUGUCGGCCGCCAUGGAGCUGCAGGCGGCGCGCCGCGCCUUCUGGGACGUCCGAGCCGCUGCACUGAGGAUGCUCGAGGCGCUCAUUGUCUGCUGCGGCGUCAGUCUGGUACAGCGGGCCACGGCGCUGAACGGCCUCCUUGUGAGCGCUCUGCAGGCGCCGGCCGCGCCGCGCCCUUCCCCGGCAGCCGAGGCGGCUCACCGGCAGGGCCUGCGCACGGUGCGCGCCUGGCUGACGGCGGCCGGCGCCGGCUGCGGCCUGCAGGACCAGGCGGAGAAGCUGAUCACCAUGCUGUCUGAGGACGUCCGACCGCCACAGCCGGCCAAAGUAACACUGCAGACCAACCCGGCGGCCACUAACGGCGUCACCACCAACCCAUGCAAGAAGAAGCGUCGCGGCGCCGGCGAGUGGCUGGAGGCGGACCUGUCGGCGCGCCAGUCGGCCCCCGUGGCGCGCCGCCCGGGCCGCUGUCUGGCCGCGCUGGAGGUGCUCUGUCAGCUGGUGACGGCUCUGGGCCCGCUGAUGACCGUCUCGGCACACCGGGCCGCCCAGCAGCUGUGUGUCGGCCUGCUGCUGGAGGUGCAGCGAGCGACUGGAGCGCCGCCGCAGCCGUACGACCGCCCGGCCUGCCGCGCCGGUCUGUACCGCCUGCUGCGUGCCCUGGUGGCCGACCCGCACCCGGCCUGGCCGGCCCCCGUCCAGUUCGCCGUGGGACUGUUCGCGCACGGAGCCAGAGAUGAGGAUAGCAUGGUGUCGAUGCUGUGCCAAGACAGUCAGGCGCUCUGCUCUCGUAUCGUCCAGCCCACGCAUCCCACACUGUUCUUCCCUGUCGACCUGACCGCCUGGAGCAAGCCUCCCUCAUCGACCGACCCAGCGGACGGCGCAGCUGCCCCCGUCACUGAUCCAGCGGCCGCGGACGGAGUGACAGCGUUCCCCGCGCCGUCCGGCGGACUGGCGGUCACCACUGACGUCACCAGUGUAUCCAAUGACGUCAGCGGGGCGUCGGAAGCCGCCAAAGACAUCCCCAGCGAUGUCAGUGAGUGCGGCUCGAGCGACACUGUCCGCCUGGGCAGCCGACUGGGAUCGGUGACAGCAGCAGCGGCGGCGGCGGCGACCCCUGCCGACAGCCGCGCGGGCUCGCCGCCGGGCGCAUCGGUGCCCAGCAGUAGUCGGGCCUCCCCGCGACCCGCUGCAAGCACAGCUGGCCUCGGCGGGGGCCGGGCCUCGCCACCCGAGAGGAAGCCGCCGGCGGCCUGGCUAGCGGGCGCCGCGGCGGCUGCGGGGGGUGGUAGGGGCGAGGCGGCGUCCGUCACCACUGUAACAAUCGCCUCCAGCGAGAGCUCUGCGUCAGCAGACGGCCGGCGCUCGGUCGAGCUGGCAGAGAUGGAGGAGGACCAGAAGUCGAUCGUCCUCGGAGGUAGUGAGGACGGGGAGGAGGAGAGCCGACCGACCGCGCGUCGCCCGGCACCCGACGAGAGUGACGAGGUGGAAAUACUGGAGACCAAGCGGCCCAGAAGGCAGACCAUGAACGAUGACGACCUGGCGCCGGAUGUGGCCGAAAUGCUGAAGGAUUUCGUGAACGAGGACCCGGAGGUGGAGUGAGAAUAGAGAGCGUGAAGCGGGUCAAGGGAGGGAGGGAGGCGAAUGAGCGUCCGAUGGGAAUAUGUGAAUUUUGGAUGCUUAUGUUUGGGCUGUGUUCUUAACAGCAAGGAACUGAAAGCUGUUUUCCUGCCGCUGGGCAGAAGAAAAGGAAGCUACGCUUGAAAGAUGCGUUUCCGGAAAAUGGACAUAAUCUUUCUGCGUCAAUGUAGACGUGCUACCUUCGGCCAGGCUUCUGGGAGCUCCGGCAGCUGGCGUGUUUUCUCCUCUGGGCAAGUCUCGCUCUUGUCUGAGUUCUCAGUUAUCUGUACGCGGUGUCCAUUUAUCCAACAGUGGAUUUCCUGUGCCGAUGCGGGAAUACCAUUCAGGGAGUCUCACCAGGGACCUCUUAUGCUUGCCGUAUGCGGCGGGUGACCGCUUCCAACAGAGCAGUGCUUGUUGUGUGGCGAAUGCUGGGCAUGUUGUAAAAAAAUAUGGUAAAUAUUUGACCGAGCCGAGAAAUACAUGGUUUCAUGUUAAACAAUC